AUGGUGAGCGAGGGGCUGCUUUCCCCAGACUGGGAGGAGCUGCAGGCUGAGCCGGAAACGGUGGUGGGUCCUCCCGAGGAGGGUGGGAGCCAGUGGCUAGAGGCAGAAUUCAGUGUGGUCCUGCCUGGUCCUAUUUCUCUUGUCAAAUUCCUUAUUGAGAAUUAUCCAAAAAUAUUUGGAGAAGACAUUUCAUCUCAUUAUGAGAACUUUGUUUGCCCUGAUGGGGAGAAGGCUUACAAUUCCCUGGACACUCCAACCGACAUUGUUGAGACAGAAGAAGAAGAAGAACAAGAAGACUACCUCUGUCCCAGUGGGAGGACAAGCCCCACAGGCAAUGAUGCAGUGCCCAUAAGUCCAACUGCUCUUCUCCACAGUGAGGGAAUUAUAGAUUCUGAGGAACAUGUCAAAAUGUCUUUAAUAAAUCCAAUGAUUACAUGGGGCUCUGAUAUCAGCCAAGACAACGUGUGCUUAAUUCCAUCAGCACCAAAUGAGGAACACCCCACUGGAAAUUCUGAUAACCCACCAGCACCAAACAAGGAACUUAUUGGAAAUUCUGACACCCAAUCGCCAUCAAGUGAGGAACUCCUUGCUGUAAAUUCUGACACCCCAUCACCACCCAUCAAGAGACACCUCUUCGGGAUGUCUCUCCUGAGUGUGUGUGAGGAUGGCAAUCUGCCUACUCCAAUACCGGACAUUCUCUCUAUUAUUGAGGAAAAGGGACUACAUACGGAGAAGAUCUUCAGAACAAUGGCCAACAAAUCUUUCCGAACCCUUAAAGAAAAGCUUAAUAAUGGGGAGGAAGUCAACUUGACUGAGGAAUCUGUCCUUGUUGUUGCAUCUGUCUUAAAGGAAUUUUUUCUACAUAUACAAGGAAGCUUGCUUUGUUCUGACCUAUACGAAAAAUGGCUUGAAGUCCCUGAUAAAGGAUUUCUGAAUCAAAAUAUUGCUGCUAUCCAGAGUCUUUUAUCACAGAUACCAAAACCUAAUUUCAUUCUCUUAAGACACCUUAUGAGUGUAUUAUACAAGAUUAAAAGUCAUUCUUCCAUUAAUCACAUGGACGCUUAUGGAUUGUCAGUUCGCAUAGCCCCUAAUCUUCUAUGGAGGCCUACUUCUUGCAGCUCGGGAUUUGGAGAUGAUCUCUCAAAAAAGAUCCCCAUUGUAGAAAUUCUUAUUGAGAAUUUUCAAGAGAUAUUUGGAGAAGAUACCACUGUAUUUCCUGAAGACAUUGGAAAGAGUUGUGAUGACAUAGAAAUGUCUUCAGAUUCACUGUAUGAUGGUGAGUCUGACGACAUGAAGGAUGCCAGUGAUGACCACAGUGGCUGUCCUGUAAAAGGACCUGUCCUAAUGGUGAUGAUAAAGUAUUCAAGAGUCCAUCUGCUCCUCCUCAGGAGGACUGUCCUGCAUGUAAGGGAGAGUUUUAAAUUGUCAUCAAAUGAAUGGAAGAAUGACACCAUUCCCUGAUUCCAUAAAGUUGUAUGUGACCUCUCAGCAGCAUUGGGCACAUCAUGAUGUCACAGCAUGGGGAAAGUUUUUUAAAUAACACUUUAACUGAAUUACAUACAUAUAUAUGCAUAUACACACAUUUAUACACACAUAUAAAUAUAUGCACAUACUUAUAUAC